AUUCUGUUUAACAACAAAGUCACUCUGUUUGUUGUAAGACAUGCAGAAUGUGGCUUAGCAUUCAUUGUCUUGCUGAAAUAAGUUUGCUUGGAUGGCAGCAUAUGUUGCUUCAAAACAUACUUAGCAUUAAUGUUGCAUUUGGUCAUGAUCCGCUUUGCCUCUAAACGUUACGAUUAAAAAAAAAAACUUUGGGCGAUAUUAUGUGAAUUAUGUACACGAUGAAAAGACAAAUCAAUGCGAGAAACGUCUUUGUUUACAAAAAUAAUUUCCACAUUUCAGACUGCAUAACGACUAUAUAUGUAGACAAAGCACCGCGUCACUAACCCUGAGAAUACAAAGAAAUGUCUUUUGGGACUUUGGUGACCAUAGAUUGUAUGAUCUUUUGGACUUUAGCUAACAUCCGUACGGGGAGCUUGUCAAGCAUGAAAUGGUUAACAGGCUCACCGGAAGUACAGCGGCAACACAGUGUUUAUAAGACAAAAAAAGUUUAACGUUGGAAACUAACUAUAGUACAAGAUGGGGACAACGGCGAGUCAACUCGGAAAGGAUUUGCUCUCAGAAUACCAAGAGCUGACGUUUUUAACAAAACAAGAAAUUCUUCUGGCGCAUAAAAGAUUCACUGAGCUGCUCAUGAAAGAUGAGAGAGACCUUCCAAAUGCCAGGGUGCCCAUGGAGAAGAUCCUCACCCUUCCAGAACUCAAGUCCAACCCAUUUCGAACGAGGAUCUGCCACGUCUUUUCAACAUCCGAAGCGAAAGAUGGAAGCCUCACCUUUGAGGACUUUCUAGAUCUUUUGAGUGCCUUCAGUGACUCGGCAACACUGGAAAUCAAGUCCCACUAUGCAUUCCGUAUAUUUGACUUUGAUGAUGAUGGAACUCUCGACUGUGGUGAUCUGGAGAAACUGGUCAACUGCCUGACCGGCGAGACCGAUGACACGAGACUAACCCCCGAGGAGAUGAGACAGCUCAUCAAUAACAUUCUCGACGAGUCAGACAUUGACAAGGAUGGAACUGUGAACCUCUCAGAGUUUCAGCACGUCAUUUCAAGGUCACCGGAUUUUAUCAGUUCCUUCAAGAUUGUGCUGUGAAGACAGAAAUUGACCACCUACAUUUAUUAUUGUUUAAUCAGUUAUAUAAAGUAGUUAUUUGCUGUAAAUUUCUAUGGAAUUUAUUGACUUUACUGUUAUAUGUAAAACACCUAUUUGUAAUUUUUAAAUCUCUCUUUAUAUUUCCAUAUAAAAAGUUUUACAAAGUU